CUAAAAAAAUUGGACCCAACAAACACCAAAACCUUCUUCUCUUCCGACUCUUUUUUUUCCGUCUCUCUUCUUGCUUGGCUUGCUGCUCUUAGCUUUUCCAAAAUCUCAGCUUCAAUGGCAAACAGCAAUCUACCCCGAAGGAUUAUCAAGGAAACACAGCGGCUUCUUAGCGAGCCAGCUCCCGGAAUUAGUGCUUCUCCUUCAGAAGAAAACAUGCGAUAUUUCAAUGUCAUGAUUCUUGGCCCAACACAGUCUCCUUAUGAAGGAGGGGUUUUUAAGUUGGAAUUGUUUUUGCCUGAAGAAUAUCCAAUGGCGGCACCCAAGGUUCGUUUCCUCACCAAGAUAUACCAUCCAAAUAUUGAUAAGCUUGGUAGGAUAUGCCUUGAUAUCCUGAAAGACAAAUGGAGCCCAGCUCUGCAGAUCCGAACUGUAUUAUUGAGCAUUCAAGCACUCCUGAGUGCUCCGAAUCCGGAUGAUCCUCUUUCAGAAAAUAUUGCUAAGCAUUGGAAGACAAAUGAAGCUGAAGCUGUUGAGACAGCAAAGGAGUGGACUCGUCUAUAUGCAAGUGGUGCCUAAUAUUGCUAUAAAACCUGCCGCCUAGUAAAUAACAUUUCUGAGAUGUAAGCUAAGUGGGCGUCGUGGGUUUCAAGUGGAAAUGGAAAUGGAAGAAUUCAUGACUGAAGUAUCAGAGAUUAAUCCCUUCAAGCUCCAGUACCUGCUGUUACUCGUUUGAUGGAAGGCGUCUCAGUCAAAUUUGUAUGAAUAGAUGUUUACUCUAAUAUCUCCAUCUUUCUCAUGAUCUUUAAUAUGAUUUAGUACAAAACUCCACUUGCUCGUGCAUUGACUUAACCCAAUUACAAAGACUCCUCAAUUUCUAAGUGGUGACAGAAUUCCAAGUUGGAAUCCUUUGUAGAAGCUCUUAUGGAUGGAUUUGUUGUUUUAGUAUGAUAAUUAAUGAAAUAACUAAAUGUUACAUCGUA